AUACAGCCCAAGGCUGAACUCUCCAACCCCCUAUCAUACAUACAGUACGGCUGCUGUACAGUGAGAGGUACUUGACUUCAUCCAUCGUCUCGCGGGGUCAUCCAUAGGUGCCGCUCGCUACUACCCACGGUACUCUCUUGCCCCUCCUUCGGUCGCGCAUCGAAUCACGCGCUUGUCAGAUGCGUGAGUUUGAGAAACUAACUGACUACUACUAUUUCUACUACUGCCUUUCAGCAAAAGUACUCUCUACCCGUGUUCCAGGCCCCGCUCUCGUUUCUUUAGCUACGACGAACCCGAUAGCUUAGUUCAUCACAGCAUCAGCCGCACAGGACGAUUGCUCUUCACAAAACUUCCCCUCACAUCUCCCCCCACCUUCCGUUUCCCUUUCUUGAUUCAGAAACUCCGCUCCCCGCAUUCACAACUCCAACUUUUCCGCCAAAAGCAAUAUGCCGUCUACCUCUACCUCCACAACGCUGCCCCUCUCAAUCCAGAACGCCAAAGCGACGCUUGAACCCCCCACAAAUGACUCAACUACCCGCGUCCUAACUGUAGAAUGGGACAUCUCACCCAGCACAAACUCGUCAAACGGCGAAUGGGUCGUGGAGUGGGACGCCAUGUACGCCGCUCUAUCAGCCGAUGUGUAUUCGGCUCGAAGUGAAAAAGGUUCAUACUUUGCCCUCCAAUACUCCUCCUCGGCGAACCAGACCCCAAAUGCACUCUCCCCACAGCAGCGUGCUGAGGCGGCAUGGUUGGAUCGUCAAAUAAAUAAUCCGGAAGACCUCCCCACGGCUCCACUGUCCACGGCAAAGUUGCUGCAAUUUGAGAAUGGGGGAUUGGAUAAAUUGGAACCGAGCGAUGAUCUCCCAGCUUUCUUCUCUGCGAGACCAAUUGUGCAGGCUCCGACCCAUAUCCUUGGCGGGGAAGGGAAAGGGAAAGUUUACUUCUUGUUGACCGGUGACGCAAAGAGUCCGGAUUCCGUAAAAAUCUUGUUCUACCCAACUUGGACGCCGCCGGUUACCCUCGGAGAGGUGGGCGUUGUUAGUGUGCCCGCGGGGACAGAGGGACAUACCGCUUGGGCACAACAUCGCCUCGCUGACCUUAAAGCCCUCGAAGACAUUGCCCGUGAACUGGAGCGUGAGGGUGCUCGUGGUCUCGGUACAGGUAGGGUAAAAGUUGGUGUUGAAGGUGGAGGAAUGGACGAGGAAGCCGUUCGCCGCGAGGGUUGGAUGGUGGGCGAGGAAAUGGUAUGGGUGUCGGAGAACUUCCUGUCUCUCCCCCCAGCAGUCGCUUCCACUCCUGCCGCCGCUGCCGUCGCACCGGUACCCACACUCCCGGCGACGACGACAGCCCCACAGUUAAAGGGUGGGCUAAAGCUCACCACGACCACAAACAACACUCCCUUCCAACCAUCCCACGAGAGCCCCCUGGACGAGGACGGAGAAGACCUUUUUGCUCUCCCAUUGAGCCCUCGGUCCCCAGACAUGGCCAAAUCGCCGUUCUCGAGGUUUCGCGGUGAGGCGCUUGGAAAGAGCCCGAACCUCAGCAAGCUGAGCAUGGUGGAAACCCUCGAAGAUGAGGAGAAGGAGAAAACACCCACGGGGAUGGGAGGUUUGGGAUUGGGUCUUGGAAUCGUGGGCACUGAGAGCGGGUUCCCACCUACUCCCCCUUCAGAAAGAAAAGCUAGGGCGGGGAAGGAGUAG